AUGCAACUUGAUCCGUUCAAAAAUAAUAAUUGGUGGAAAGGGACUGAAUAUACAAAUAUGUAUUGAAAAUUCCAUAUACUUUUGUUGCAAAAAGGGGAUCUCGACCUAUCCAAAAUUGCAUCCAAUUAAUUUUUCCAAAAUGUAUUAACGUUAUCGUGUUAUUUCCAGUUCAAUGAUGUAAAGUCUUUGUAUGCGUUUGCUAGCCGAAUCUUGUGUAUUGUGAAUAUCAGGGUAUCAAUAUUUAUGUUCACAUUUGAACCUUAAUUUAGUAUUAACAAAAUAAAAUCUAAAACGACUACAUUAUUGGCAUCAGUACCUUACCCGUUCAUUAUAUACGUAUUAAGAUAGAAUAUCAAGGUUUUUUUUUUAACAAUAAUGGAUCAUUAAAAUGUAAUUAAGUAGAUGUGUCCGGUACUUCCCAUACAUUACUAUGAAUUUCGUGCAUAUAAAAAUUAUGCACUUCUCAAGAAUUGUUGCAUAAAAAACAUAGCGACAAGUAAUAACGACAUUUGAGAGAUUUUAUUUUUUUUUUGUUUUUGGCGUUUUUCUUCGCCGCCACUGGGCCGGUUUUCAAAAACUACAAAGCUUUUUUAUUUUUGGCGUAGUUGUAACACUGUGUAAAAAUUUCAUGCAAAUCCGAGCAGUAUUUUUGAAGUUAUAUAUAACAUCCAAAAAAAACAUAUCUCAUUUUCGAAAUUUUUCGCGUUUACAAUACUGCCUUGCCGAGUGACGUACGAAGUAAAAGGGAUUUAGUGCGUUCUGGAACCAUUACAGAUAUUUGUGUAUUAAUAUUGUUUCAAGAUUUUAUCAAAAUCGUGGACCUUGAAAUGAAUUAUGUGUAUCAUGGGCUCUAGUCCGAUUUGGAAGAUUAAAGUACCAACUGAAAACAUGGGUAGAUAGUGGUAUGACAAUUCCAAAAGUUUUCAGAACGCACGUAGCUAGACACCCAAACAGGGUGGCAUUCCAUUUUGAAGAUACUUAUUGGACAUUUCAGGAGAUAGAAGACUUCAGUAACAGAGUAGCAAACUACUUCAUAAAAGAAGGGUACCAGAAAGGCGACUCUAUAGCCCUACUACUAGAAAACAGAAUAGAAUACGUUGGGAUAUGGUUGGGAUUGGCGAAAGCUGGGAUCAUUACAGCGCUUGUCAACACGAACUUGGUGUCAUUGCCUCUGCUACAUUGUAUCACGGUGUCCCACUGCAAGGCAGCUAUUUAUGGAUCAGAUUACGUCGAUGCUAUAGAUGGUAUCAGGGACAAACUCCAAGGCAUGAAACUGUACGAAUUUAUUACUAAGGAUGACGUGAAAGCCAAAGACUCGGAUAUAGAUUUGAAGAAAGAACUGCAGAAUCAACCAAAAUCUUGUCCAAUCGAAAGAAUGGACGAAUCAAAUGCCAAAGAUAAACUGAUUUAUAUAUUUACUUCCGGAACCACUGGUAUGCCUAAGGCAGCUAUUAUACCACACUGCAGAUUUAUGUAUGGUUCCCUAUCUCUCUACUGUAUGUCAAAUUUGAACGAUUCCGAUGUCUUCUACAAUCCUCUGCCACUUUAUCACAGCGCCGGCGGUAUAGUGGGCGUAGGACAAUGUUUUCUGUUUGGACUGACGGUUCUUAUAAGAAGGAAAUUCUCGGCAUCAAACUUCUGGAAAGACUGUUACAAGUACAAAUGUACGGCAACUAACUAUAUUGGUGAAACCUGCCGUUACAUCUUGGCUGCUCACAAUAAAGACGAGCCUGUUCCUAAACACAAAGUAACAAAGAUGGUUGGCAACGGAUUGAGGGCUGAAAUUUGGGAGGAAUUCCAGAGGACGUUCAAUGUGAAGCAGAUAUUCGAAUUUUAUGGAUCGACAGAAGGAAACGCCAAUUUGAUAAACAUCGAUAACACUAUUGGUGCUGUAGGUUUCGUGCCUCCGUUAGCUCCCAGUUCCGUCUAUCCAGUAGCUCUAAUCAAAUGCGACGAUGAAACUAAACAGCCGUUAAGGAACAAAGAGGGUUUCUGCAUCAGGUGUGGACUUGGAGAACCCGGCUUGCUGGUAGGCAAAAUAGAUGCCAAGAAGAGCAUAAACCAAUUUGCCGGUUAUGUCGAUCAAAAAGAAACUAACAGAAAAAUUCUGCAGAACGUUUUCUCGCAUGGAGAUUCGUUUUUCAAUACGGGAGAUGUACUGAUGAAGGACGAACUCGGUUACUUUUAUUUCGUUGAUAGGACUGGAGAUACGUAUAGAUGGAAAGGUGAAAAUGUCUCGACAACCGAGGUGGAGAGAGUAGUUAGUGAAAUUGUAGGACUAAAAGACUGCGUAGCCUAUGGUGUUGAGGUUCCAAAACACGAAGGCAAAGCAGGGAUGCUUGCGAUAGUAGACGCAGACGACAAGCUAGACAAAGAAGCCCUAGUCGAACAGCUGAAGACCCAUCUACCUAGUUACGCUAUUCCUCUCUUCUUGAGGAUAACGAGGUCAGUGCCCAUGACGGGCACCUUCAAGGUCAAAAAGAACGAGCUGCGUAAGGAGGGAUUCUCAGAAGUAACGGGAGACGAAGUGUACUUUUUGGAUAUGAAGAGUGGGAAAUACGUUCCUGUUGCUCAAAUUUGUGAUAAGCUUAGAGAGGGAACUCUCAAGUUGUAGUCUGAUUUUUACUGUAGUUUUGUUGUUGUUUUCCCUUUUUUGGAUCCAAUACAGUUUUUACAAAAAU